UUUCGGCGGACUGCCUAAGCAGUUACACACCGGAAGUUUUCUCUUGACUGUCUAGCGCGUAAUGGGUCGAAGUGUUGUGUAGCUGAAAGUGCUCCAGGUAGAGUUUUCCCUCAGACAUCCACCUUGAGCCCUGAGCUGGUCGCAGGAUGUUCGCCGGGCUUCCCGAGCUGGGCAUCUCCAACGGGGAGGACCUGAAGGAGACGCUCACCAACUGCACGGAGCCACUGAAAGCCAUCGACCAGUUUCAGAUGGAAAAUGGCAUUCUACUGCCCACCCUCCAGUCUGCUCUUCCCUUCCUCGAUCUUCACGGAACCCCUCGGCUGGAGUUCCACCAGUCAGUCUUUGAUGAGCUUCGGGAAAAGUUGAUGGAGCGAGUCGCCACCAUUGCGGAGGGCAAGGAUGAGGACAGAUAUGGGAAGCUUGAAGAGCUGCUGGAGAAGAGCUUUCCUCUUGUCAAAAUGCAGUCCAUUCAGCCAGUAGUGAUGCGGGUACUGAAACAUCUGCCCAAGGUGCCAGAGAAGAAGCUGAAGAUAGUGAUGGCUGACAAAGAGCUAUACAAGGUGUGUGCAGUGGAGGUGAAAAGGCAGAUCUGGCAGGACAACCAGGCUCUGUUUGGGGACGAAGUGUCCCCUCUGCUGAAGCAGUACAUCGUGGAGAAGGAAGCGGCUCUAUUUAGCAGCGACCUCUCCAUCCUGCACAACUUCUUCAGUCUGUCUCCCAAAGCACGACGCCAAGGCGAGGUGGUCCUUAAGCUGACACAGAUGAUUGGAAAGAACGUGAAGCUGUACGACAUGGUGCUGCAGUUCUUAAGAACACUCUUCCUGCGAACGCGAAAUGUUCACUACUGCACCCUGAGAGCAGAGCUGCUAAUGUCUCUUCAUGACCUGGACAUAAGUGAAAUCUGCUCUGUGGACCCCUGCCAUAAGUUCACCUGGUGUCUGGAUGCCUGCAUCCGUGAGAAGUUUGUGGAUGUCAAGCGAGCCCGAGAGCUGCAAGGUUUCCUGGAUGGAGUAAAGAAAGGACAAGAGCAAGUCCUCGGGGACCUUUCCAUGAUCCUCUGUGACCCAUUUGCCUGUAACACCCUGGUUCUGAGUAUCAUGAGGAACCUCCAGGAACUGCUGAGUCAGGACACGUUACCCAGGGAGAGUCCAGAUCUGAUGCUGUUGCUGAGGAUGCUGUCACUGGGUCAAGGAGCGUGGGACAUGAUCGACAGCCAGGUCUUUAAAGAGCCUCGUCUGGACUCUGAGGUGGUGACUCGUUUCCUGCCUGCCAUGAUGUCUGUGGUUGUUGAUGAUCACACCUUCACCGUGGACCAGAAGCUUCCGAGUGAGGAGAAGAGCGUAUUGUCAUACCCCAGCACCCUGCCGGAGGCCUUCAGCAGGUUCCUACAGGACAACAGAGUGGCUUGUGAAAUGGGUCUUUACUAUGUGCUCCACAUUGCCAAGCUGAGGAACAAGAACGCCCUGCAGAGGUUACUCCCGGCACUGGUGGAUACCUACAAUGACAUGGCCUUUGGGGACAUAUUCCUGCACUUGCUGACUGGACACCUCACCCUACUCUCUGAUGAGUUUGGAUCAGAAGACUUUUGUUCAGUUGUCUUCGAUGGGUUCCUUCUGACUUCUUUUUCCAGCAAAGAGAACGUCCACAGACAUGCCCUCCGGAUGAUGCUGCAUCUACAUCACAAAGUGCUGCCGUCAUACAUGGAAACGUUGAUGAAGACUCUGGAACCUCCAAAACAGAGCAGCGAGCCAGUGAAGGAGCUUUAUGCUCAGCUGACGGAGAAGCUGGAGGUCCAGAAGAAGAGCCCUCCUCUACCAGAUGAAGCUCCAUCCCUGGACCUGGGGUUGCACCCAGUGACUGUCCCCACUACUGCCUCCACCCCGACCACGCCUCUCUGAGGCCCAGCAGAGUUCUCUAUCGGUCACUGGCAGUAAAUGAAACAACCGUUUGGCUUGUAUCUUAAGAUGUUUUACAUUGUUAUUUGCUCUGUGAUUUCUCAUGGUUUUUGAUCUCUAGGUUUUUGUCCCCAAGAGGCUCUUGGCAGCUCUGACAUCUAUUUUUUUUUUUUACUUUGUUCUUGCGUUUGUCAGAAAAUACAUGCUUGAUAUGUAGUUCAUAUGUAGUUUGGCUGUAGGGUGUGAGUUGUGCUGGAAGUGCAACAGACCAUGUAAAUAAAUUAUUAUUUAGAAUUGCAAGUGGUGUCUGUCUAUUCUAGAUGGGUUUCCCAUCUUAGCGACUGCUACACCUGUGCAGUUUUGUCAGUUGGUAAGACUUGACUAAAAUAUCUGGUGUCCUUAGACCUCAAUGGUUUUGAGUUGAAUUGGCUCAUAUGAAGCAGACUUCUGUAUGUGUAGUUGUUAAUCUUAUGAGGUACACAGUUACAGGCUCCUCACCAACACCAUGGCUUACAAGCAAUACAUACAGCAAAACAAACCUGCCUUAAAUGGUGAGUGCUCCACCUGCUACUACCGUGGUGCAUGGAGUAGAGCGGGGGUACUGGUAAUCCGUAGGUAGGCAGUUCAACCCCCGAUGUCCUCCUUCAGAAACUUAUACAAGACAAUUCUCACUCAUCCGCAGCUGAAAAAUGUAACUUUUUCAACUCCUCCCAUCUACCGGUUGUGUCCCUUGCUCCCUCAAACUAGCCUCUGUCACUCCCCACAAAGCCACGCCACGCUGGAAUCACCAUCAUCUGGAGGCCCAUCUACAAUCUUCCUUUUCAUUCUGAAAUACUGAAGCACACUAACAACCCACUCAAAACCCACCUGUACUUAAAUCCACUUAUAUUAAACAUUUCAAUCUGGAUUCAACACACAACGGAAACAAUGAUUUUGGGUCAGACUGGACGCAUUCAGAGGGAAAACUCUCCCUGCGAGAAGUUGCUAAAAGAGGGAGAGAGCUGUGACAAUAAACAUAUAAAAAAAUGUCAUAUUGUGAUAUUCCUUUUUCCAAACACGAAUUUUGUUAACAAUUGCUUUUCCGUCCACCAGAGCAUGCUGAGUUAAAAGUCACCAUGACUGGACACAGUAGACUGUGGUUUGUUACAUACUGUUAAUAAUGGUUUUCAGGUUGGUUUCUCAAAAGGGUAAAUGUAUGCAUGUGCAAUGAUUCAAAUAUUAAAGAUGGUAAACGUGUAUCAGUAUCACAUUUGUCAUGUUACACAAAGGCUUAUUAAUAAUAAAAAAAUAAAAAAGUU